AUGCUAUCGUACUCCAGACUAUCUUCUCUCCUGCCUCUUAAUUCUCACGCGCCUGCCCAGCACACGGCGGAGCAAAAGAAGAUUAUCAUAUCGAGUUCGACCUGGAAAGUGCUGUGGUGUUGCGUCCCUCAUGUUCUUCCCAUUGUGACCUCCAUCGUCAUCCUCACUCUGAGUUUCCACGGAAUUUACAUCGGGGCAGACUUUGCCACGGAGACUAUCACCUUGAUGAGCUUCCAAAUCGCUGCGAAAAUACACGAGAUCUUCAUUGUCGCCAGUUUAUCAGUCAUCGUCUUUCAUGCUGUCAGGCAUGAGUUGCUGCACGGCGGUGGUCUCCCACUGGGACUGGUUGGAUCAGGCUUCAACUUUGGCAGUUUUGAUUUCUUCUUCACGAAAGAGUUUCGUGGUGGAUUGUCGAAUGCUAUGAUGCCCGGUCAUAAGCUCAGGAAGACAGGCUUUAUAAUCCUCCUCUGCGUGGCAGGCCUCAUAGCAGCCCUUGCUGGUCCGUCAAGCGCCACUUUGAUUGUCCCGACACUCCAAACCUGGCAAGCCGGCGGGACACAUUUCUACCUUAACGGCUCUUCGGAGGAUUUUUGGCCCUCGGACGUUUCAAGAAAUGCAUUGGCGGUUCAGAAUAUCUGCAACGGUUCAAAAUCUACUGAGCUCGCAGUAUGUCCUGCAGGAGGCUAUCUUUCUAUCCGAGAGCACUGGAGCAGGAUGAACUAUACCAACUUCUAUACUUACGAUGUCCCGACUUACGCUAAGAAGCUAUCUGGAUCUCGGUUCUACUGGCCUAUUCACAGUCCCGCCUCUCCUGUUCCACCACGUUAUACUUUAGGCAACGCAAGAAAUGUUACGGCCUUCAGCCCUGGCACCGCUACAUUCUUCGUUCAGCCUCACGCGGCAGCUUCAACACUGAUGCAGAGAAUAGCCAACAGGUGGUGGACAGCUCUCCAGUCAUACAUGAAGGUCUCUGACAGACAAGUUGAUGACCGCAAAAUUGGGGUUGAAGUCCUUUCUGCAAUUACAACCAUCAGAUGUUCUGAGCCUCAAAACCUACCAGCGUCGGCAAAAUCGAUCCGUUUCCCAGCGAUCAGCGGCCGCUUCGACUAUGUGGAUGGCGCGGAUUUCAUCGUUGACAGUCUGAAUACUAGUACUGUCGAUUAUAUCCGCUUUCAAUGGGUUCACCUGCCUGAUUUGUUCGGUUCGGUCAGCAUCGGAGCUGUACUCGAAUCAGCAUGGAACGCAGAGAAGACGUCAAGAGCCGUGGUUGGAUGUUCCGUUCAGGCUGGUUGGCUUCCGACCUCGGUAUAUACAGACGAAUAUACCUUUUGGACCGGAUGGUACCCAUGGAACAUGGAAUACGGACGCCGGACACCAUCCUGGGUUGAGAAACCGGCGAAUGAGCCGCAACCGGCUACCAAUGGGCGAGUUGCAUUCAGCGACGACUGGCUGAGCUUACUGAAUCCAACGGUGGCCGAUCCACAACCUAGUGCAGAGACGUGGACUCCUUCCGUGAUGGAGAGUAUUAUCGGUGCCUCCGGUCUAGCUGACGACCUGUCCUCCCCGGAUGAAGCGUCCUUAGCUGAAGCAUGGGCCGCAGAUGGGCAGUUGGGCAUUAGCAGGACUGUGAUGCUCGAAUCAAUCAUUAGCAGCGUCAUUACAGACGGUCUAAGUCGAAGUGGAGCAUAUCGCGUCUUCGAUACCGACGGCUCAUCUUCAGAAGGGCCGUUUUCCAUGUUCGAUCCUCUUCCUGACUUUGACAAGCGUAUCAUCGAUGGCCAUGAUGCUCUGCAGGUACCAUCCCGGGACACGGAUAUCACCACUCUUCGCAUCAAAAUGCAGAUUACGGGCUAUGCUUUGAAGAGAAGUCUUGCCGGAGCUCUCUCAAUGGUGGUCCUCCUCGCGCACAUCAUCUUGGCGGCCGGGCAUAUUGUAUUUGUCAUGGUGAGAAGACAGGCCUCUGAUAGCUGGGACUCGAUUUCCGAACUUAUUGCCUUGUCACAAAACUCGCGGCCUUCGUAUAUUGCCCUGGCGAAUACAGCGGCUGGGAUUACUGAAAGACGAACAUACGGUCGUAUGGCCAGGAUACGGGCAACGUCGACGAUCUAUCAGCCUGAUAAUGGCCACGUCGAACUUGUUUUCGAGGGUCCGGACGGACAAAUCGAUCAACUCGAGAUGUUUGAUUCAACUUGCUGUCGUGGGACUGGAAGAGAAAAGCAAAGUAUUCCGACUGAGGUUAAGGACGAUGAAGAAGAAGUAGGGUCUAUGAGAAACCAUUUGAACCAGGAACUUGACAACACCCAACUUGAGCCUGUAGCGCGACAACAGUGGACAUGGCCGCGCAAUCCUGCUGACGGGCCGCCGAGAGAUCGGUCCUCCCCUAGGCAUGUCUCUCGAGCAGGUCAGAGUCCUCCACCACACAGCAGAACGGGCUCAAGAGAACGUUUGAUCGCCCAGGGGAGCGUUCGUGCUCGGCGGCCGGCGUCAGGAGAACUUGUCCGCGUGAACCAAGCGUAUGGCUGA